CCUUUCCCACCCCUCGGAGUGGAGCUGCACAUGCGGCAGCUCCCAGCUCGGUCCCGCCCAGCCUCCGUUGCACUGGAACGGGUCCCUACAGCCUCCAGCCGAUGGCAGGGCGGUAGCCGCCUGUCAGGGGUCCUGAACGGCUGAGGAAGACGCGGCGGCUCCUGGGCCUCAGAGAGUGGGUGUCUCCGGAGGCCAUGGGCUACCCCGAGGUAGAGCGCAGGGAACCUCUGCCCAUGGCAGCGCCGCGGGAACGGGGAAGCCAGGGCUGCGGCUGUCGCGGGGCCCCUGCCCGGGCGGGCGAAGGGAACAGCUGCCGGCUCUUCCUGGGUUUCUUUGGCCUCUCGCUGGCCCUCCACCUGCUGACAUUGUGCUGCUACCUGGAGUUGCGCUCCGAGUUGCGGCGGGAACGGGGAGCCGAGUCCCGCCUUGGCUCCGGCACCCCUGGCACCUCUGGCACCCUGAGCAGCCCCAGUGGCCUCGACCCUGAUGGUCCCAUCACCCGCCACUUCAGGCAGCCACCACCACAGCAGCCUCUGGAACCGGGCGAAACCACACUCCCCCCACACUCCCAGGACGAGCACCAGGUGGCCCUUCUGAAUUUCUUCUUCCCUGAAGAAAAAUCAUACUCUGAAGAGGAAAGCAGGCGUGUUCGCCGUAAUAAAAGAAGCAAAAGCAGUGAAGGAGCAGAUGGUCCAGUUAAAAACAAGAAAAAGGGAAAGAAGGCAGGACCUCCUGGGCCCAAUGGCCCUCCAGGACCUCCAGGACCUCCAGGACCCCAAGGACCCCCAGGAAUUCCUGGAAUUCCUGGAAUUCCAGGAACAACUGUUAUGGGACCACCUGGCCCUCCAGGUCCUCCUGGUCCUCAAGGACCCCCUGGCCUCCAGGGACCUUCUGGUGCUGCUGAUAAAGCUGGACCUCGAGAAAACCAGCCAGCUGUGGUGCAUCUACAGGGCCAAGGGUCAGCAAUUCAAGUCAAGAAUGAUCUUUCAGGUGGAGUGCUCAAUGACUGGUCUCGCAUCACUAUGAACCCCAAGGUGUUUAAGCUACAUCCCCGCAGCGGGGAGUUGGAGGUACUGGUGGACGGCACCUACUUCAUCUAUAGUCAGGUAUACUACAUCAACUUCACUGACUUUGCCAGCUAUGAGGUGGUGGUGGACGAGAAACCCUUCCUUCAGUGCACCCGCAGCAUCGAGACAGGGAAGACCAACUACAACACUUGUUACACCGCCGGCGUCUGCCUCCUCAAAGCCCGACAGAAGAUUGCCGUGAAGAUGGUGCAUGCUGACAUCUCUAUCAAUAUGAGCAAGCACACCACCUUCUUUGGGGCCAUCAGGCUGGGCGAGGCCCCUGCGUCCUAGAUUUCCCCUGCCCUCUGUUUUGCCCCUGCUCUUGCCCCUGCCCCAGGUUUGGGAGCCAGGACUCCCAGAACCUCUACAUGCUGCUGUGGAGUGAGGUAUAUGGGUGUUGCAGCCAGAGACAAAUACCCCAGUGCUAUUUAUUCCCCAGUGACUCCAGGAUGACAAGGCCUGCUUGACUUUCCAGAACGGCCUUGAGUUAACAGGACAGUUGAUAGAGCCCCAGAGUUUGCAUGAAGCAGGACCUUCUUCCUUGGCUUCAUGUUCACUGGCUCCUGGCAUGACUCUUCAACCUCAAGGUCCCUAUUGUCAAAGUUUUAUUGUUUCUUGCACUAAAGUGGGGUUCCAGGGCAGCAGGCAAGAGAAAGCAAAGGUGUACGCCAGACUGCGGGGAGGGGGGUGCAAACCUCUGAGCCUAAGGGGCUGCUGUUCCUCUCUUGGGUAGGGCUAGGGGCAAUUGUGGGAUGAGAGCAGAGUGCUGAAGCCAGAGCACAGAGGCAGGGAGGGGAAAGGCAUGUGCUUGAGGCAGAGACUGAAGGAGAAACCUGCCAAGCAGGGCAUCCUCAACAGUGGAAGCAUCCUUGCUGCUCUGCGCCACAGCCUGCCAGAGGGUCAGAGUGCUCUUCCCACUCAGGCUGAGAGCCACUUUGCGGCAACUCACUGGGCUUUGGGGACAGGAGGUUUGCUCUUGGAGCAGUUGCAGAAAAUGGCCAGAAACCAGCCUGCCUAAGAACCUGAAGGCAUACUGGGGGCCACACGUCUUUCACUUUGUUUACAGCCACACUCCACGCUCAGAAAAAUCUCUGGCUCCCUUUCCAAUUGUUCUCUUUCCCAGCCUGACCAGAACUCCUGUCUUCUUUCUCCACAGAGCCUACCUCUGUCUGAGACAGGUGCCUAACCUGGGACCUGUGCUUAUUCAAGUCUGGGAUACUCUUUAGAUGACCUGGGCAUAAAGAGACUUUCCCGUUUAUUAAGCAACACAAAUAUUCAUCUAUUCAAGUUGUGUCUGGGGGCAAUGGGUUGGACUGGAUGGCCUCCAGGAGUCCCUUCAAAUUCUAAUAUUUAGCUUCCAUGAUAGUCUACAAAAACUCCCAAACCCUAGCCUGCCCCUGGGCAUCAACAAGGCAGAACUUUUCUGCAUGACCCCAAAAGGGCAAGAAAGAGGAGAGGACAGUGGGGUUUUUUCAAGUUAGCUGCAACCCAAGUGGUCAUUAACCUAGGCCUUAUCCAAAAGGGCAGCACCUGAUGCCCUACUGACCCACCUUUCUUCACUCUGGCUUUAGAAAAGCCACAGCAGAGUCACCAUGGAUUCCAGUGCUGCUUCCCUGAAUCCAAGCUCAAGAGAAGCCAGCAUCUAGGCACUGGGCAAAGCUCUGCCCUGUACCCAGGUCCAAAGACCCUUCCCCCCCCCACCCCAAGUUUCCCACUGAAUCAUAGAGUGGGACCAUUCAAAGGCCUUAUUUCUAACUGCCUGGGACCAGUCUGGAUUCCAGACUGGAAUCCAGUUUCUGGAUUCUGGGUCUAGUCCAAAGCUGGGGAGGGCCAAUCUUGUAUAGUCUGCUACCUCUGCUCCUGAAACAAGUUUCCCUUUGGAGAGAUUGGGGAUAAAGCCCUUCAGGCAAUGGAAACCCCCCAAGAACAGGGACUCAUUUCUCAGCUGUACCUUCCCUUUCCAAACAACUACAGUGCUUGGCCCUUCAAGGGUCAGGGUAAGAGGUGGUGGGCUAUGACACCAUCAUCUGGUUGCUAAUGAGAGCCUUACAACCCCAAGUAGGGCAAACUGUAGGCAUGUGUCUGGCCCAGGCUCCUCUAAAGUGCCUUAGACAGUCCUCAGUUAUAGCAAGAACUGAAGGGAACCUCUCCUUAAAGUUUGGAAAGUACUUUCUUAUUAUGUCCUUCGAUGAUACUAUAACUCCCAUCAUUUAGACAAGGCUCAGAGAAGUUACGUGCUUUGACCAGGAUCUCAGCCAGGUCAGACUCCAAAGCUAUUCCAUGGUGCUACACCAUUGCGUUGUAUUUGUGGUCUAGAAAGAACCAAUAAAAAUGGGAAUGAGGACCCCAAAUCCUUCAGCGUCCCUAAGAGAAACCCAGGAAUGCUCAUUCCGAUUCCUUGAUGGCAAUUCCUUGAUGUUCUUUUGGCUGCCAGGGGCUUCAUGGAAAAAGAGUAGGCCAUUUCCUUGGGAAAUAGCCAUCAGCCAUAGAGCUCUUAUGAGAGCUCAGAAGAAUUGUCUUGGUACCAUGUCUAAGCAGCAGGCCUCUAGUACCAACAGAACUGUACCCCUCAUGUUUUUCCACUCACCUGGUAAUCCAGCCACUCAUCAUGUAUCCAGCCCCUGCUGCAGGUGAGGUCUUCCAUUGGUUAUCCUAUAGACAGUUUAUAGGAGCUGGUCCACUUCCCACAGCUACUAAAUGAUUCCUUAUGUCUUUCUACCAUACCACAGAGAGCUCUGUCUACCAGGAUCUGUCCUAAUGGAGGAAAGACCCGAGAGGAUGUGUGUGAGGAGAGAGAAGGAGAAGGCUUCCUAAUUGUACCCCUAAAGGACAUUGUGAAACCCAUUCUAUUCUCCAGACAUAGAGGGGAUUAUAGGGGGAAGAGGAUUUGCACAGGAUGCUUUAUUCAUUGUGAAGCCCCAAAAGGAACCCUAGAGGGAGGGAGGUGAUGAAGGAAGCAACAGAUAGCUGGGGAGCCCAGUUGCAGCAGUCAUUGGCAAAGUGGUGAAGCAAUUUACUAGUAAGAGGAUGUGGAAAUAGAUUUAUAGUCUGGAAUUCUGCUGAUGUGAGUUCACCAGAGGGCCAAGGCUAGCGUGGAUGAUGGGACGAGGACAUUUGUGAGUGAGCAGAUGGCAGAGGUUUGAAAGAGAAUUGCAUGGCAGGGGCCUUUGCCAGCUACUUGGGGUUCAACAGCCAAAGCUGGCAUAAAAGAUAGCUUUGGGGGGCUGUUCAGCUACUGGCUCCUUGGGAAAUGUAGUCUUGGCCUUAGGUCCCCCUUCAUCCAUCCUGAGCCAAAUCUCUUUUCCUGAGUAGGAAAGGGUUAAGAACCCUGGAGGUGAACAAAGACUUCAAUCCAUGUGCAAGUACAUGUGUUUCCUAUAACUUCCGGUGGGUGCAAAUAGAUUCAGAGAAAUUUAGAGCUAGAAACAGAGGCCCAGAGGUGGAAGGUGACCUACCCAAGGUGAAGGAGCCCUGACCUGCUGACACAAAAGAGCAAGGGGGUGGAGCAGUCCCUGUCCCACACGGAACCCCUUCUUUCUUCUACCCACAGACUUCAGACUAGAAGUACUUGGCCCCCUUCAGGAUCCUGGCCAGGCAGGGAAAAGAGUAGAUGUAGCCUUUGUCAGAACUCUUCCCCCAAGGCAUUCAUUUUCCCUGCUCCGGCCUCUGGACUGAAAGGCUCUCCACUGGCCUAAUACCAGGAUGUCCUGAGGCUGCCCUGGAACUGCCUCAUCCCCCACCUCCCAGCCUAGAGGCUCCCCUAGGCCAUGUAAGCACAAAGAAGGAACCAGACUCUUUCUUUUAAUUCAUGUCAGGGCUCCCUCUAAGAGGACUUGGGGUGUGUCAUUUCUUUAUUCAAAAAACUUCCACUAGGGGUGGAGGGUGGGCUUCAUGGGGAGAUUGGCCUGGAGCAGGCCCAGUGCUGCUUUGGGGGGUCACCAUCCAGUGUGAGAUACUAUGUACAUAAACUAUAUAUAAUGUAUAUAAACUGGGAUGUAAGUUUGUGUAAAUUAAUGGUUCAUUCUUUGCAAAUAAAGCUUUUUCCCCAUUCU